AUGGCCAACGCAACCAUCUUCCCUGAGAAACGAACUCGGUCACAAAUUAGUCUGCCUGAUGCUAUUCUCCAAAUACCUCACGGUUCUCCCAUGAAGGAUGCGCGAAGUGCAUUAAGGAAUCACACCACUGCUACCAUCGACACCACUACAUCCUCUGAGCCCAAGCAGACGACCGACGAUACCGAGGAUGAAUUACUCUUGUCACCUGGAAAACAGGCGUCACUUAUGCGGGCAGCGAGUAAUUCUAAACGCUCUGCGUCACCUCCUCUGCAAGAUGAAUACACACCGCCAUCAGGGUCGUCGCCUGAAGGCAGAUUACUGAAACGCGCAAAGCGAGAGCUUGGACCAUUGGAUGGAUCAGAAGGUGGGGUAAAAGAUAUACAUUCACUUUCCCAACUUCACAAACCUUCGAAUACAGAAAGUCCUCGUAAACUUAUAGACACCUCUCCCACCACAAGUCGACGUUCCGCGCGAAAGCGAUCUACCACCAACAAGAAAGUACAGCCUACCCUCAGUGCCAGUCCACCUCCAUCUACAUUCUCUCCCAUUCUAAGCACCUCGAAACAACCCAGAGCUCAGUCGGUGCCUUUAUUCUCUACAAGUCAUGAUAUACCCCACAUCGAUUUUCGAAAUCCUCCGCAUUCUCCUAGACGCUCUCGCUCCCGUUCUAAGUCACCAUCCAAAACAGCAGAACCUAGACUACGACCGUUAUUUGUAACAUUUCCUGUCAUUGAGGAAACACCUAGCGCAUAUGAGGAUGGGGGAACGCCAAUGGAGUUAGACGAUGAAGCCAAAGGCGUGGCAAAGAAGGCGAGUGAGUUCCAAAGCCUCAGUGCACCUGAACAACCUCUGGAGCCACAAUCGAAUACUGCUGUCACUGCACGAACUUCCAGCUCACCACCAAUUUCGCCGUCACCGUCUGCCACCUAUGUACUGGGUGGUGCACCUGCUACUCCGGCUUCACAUUCUUUGGACACAUCAAUACCAAUGUCACCGUUGACACCUCUCCCUGAAACGCCUCUACCAGUGAGGUUAACAAAUGCUGAUAGUCGAUACUCCAGCAAUUUGGGCUGGGGGUUACCACUUAUUACAGAAACCACCGAAUCAUCUGGCAACCUGGAGCUCCAAAUUGCUGUUGAAUCCUCGACCAUCCAAAGUCGCCUUCCUCGACCUGCAGUCUCUAUGCCGCCUCCACCAUUGCCGCCGUCGAGGCUCACCCGACCUGGCAUUACGGGUUCGUCUCGUCCAGUUUCUAAUAAAGCCGGUCCACCGACCAAAGUGGCCACCGCAACGUCGUCAAAGAAUCCUAAUGCAACUGUAACUAAGAAGGAUGCAUUUGCAUUGAUGAUGAAGAAGUCUCGAGAAGAUAAAGAACGAAUUGAAAGGGAGAAAAAUAGGCAGCCCCCUGCUAAUAUUUUUACACCUAUAACAACAGCAAAACGACCGGGUUCUCGAGAAUCACUCAAGAUGAAGAUGAAGGACAAGAUGCGACCUAAAAUGAAAUCGAAGCAAGAUCCUGCAACUCAGCCCCCUCUAAAUUUUGAUGAUGAGGAGCAAGAGGAGGAGGAGGAAAUAGAAAAAGAGUCUGGCUCCAAAUACUAUGCUUCUACCCAAACUAUCGUCGAAUCUGGGCCUUCUACUCAAUCGGAAAUCGCCCCAGUUAUCAUACCAGAUCCUCCCAUUUCGCCCACGAGAAUUGCUUUGGAUUCAUUAAGGUCCAGUUCCUUGCCCGAGGAGUCAAAUAUGGAGAUUGUGGAAGACUCCGAGGGUGAAGGUCAGGCUCUCAUGCAUCCAGCUGUUGCUGCAGCGUAUCCUGGUCAUGUUUCUGCUAACCCCGGAGAAGGCCAAACAAUCAGCGAGCUGGGAGUUGAUACAUCCCUUGUUGAACAACCUUUGGCUGAAGUUAUGCAACCCGUGCCAACAAUAGCUGUUGAAGCUCUCAAAGAAAUAUCCACUAAGAUCGAGGGGCCCGAACACGAAGUCAGUCCUACUGACGAUAAUGUGGCGUCACAGUCGGCUGAAAACGUUUCCGAACAACAGCAAGAAGAGGAAGCUCAGACAGAAAUUCGACCACCCAGUCGAACUCGAGUCAGUAGACUGCCUCUAGGGAAGAAAAGACAACCAGCGGUGGUCAUUCCAGGUGGCCGUGUUACCCGUAGCGCUUCCAAUAACAAGAAAAACGGUGAUGAAGCUGAAGCUUCAACAUCCCAAGUACCUUCUAAACCAUCUAACCCUUCUGGCAUAGUAACUACCAAACGGCCUGUCUCCAAGGUGAUGAAGAAAUCCGCAGAAGCUGUGGGGUCGAGUAAGACAACCGAGGAGGAAGUGGGUCAAGAAAAGAUGGUUCUGCCCCCAGGAUCACCAAUGAAAGUGAGUUCUCCGAGCAAAACCUUGCGCCCAAUCACUCCCAAGAAGACUCCUGGUCGGUUCACUUUUUCGAACAAACCAAUCUCAAGUCCAUCACCUACCAAGGUUGUGAGGUCGUCUUCUCUCACUACAUUGAAAUCUUCCAGCUUCGCUGGCCGUGCCUUUCCAAUGGCACCCAGCCAAGUGGCUAUGGGUGCCAAUUCCUCUCUUUCGACUUUAUCAAAUGCACUUGAGAAAUUGCGAAUGCCACCACCUGCGAGACCUAGUACAAGCAUGGGUUUCAAUAGAGAUGCCCCGGGCGAUAGUGAUGACGAAAAGCCUGCGACAAUGACGAAGGACGAUGUUGGUGUUGGGCGUACAUCUUUCGGAUUGGGACGUCCACAAGGCCUGAAAAGGGCCAGUACUCUUGAAGAAGAUUCUUUUGGGCCAACGGCGAAAAAUGCGGCUGCGUCCUCUAGUAAAAGUGCUGGUUCAACAGGAAAGAAACUCGUCCAGAAACCACUCUCCAUGUUCAUGCAAAAUAAGGCCACGACUUCGAAGAACGGAACAAGCCACCUCCUGCGAAAUACGGGGAAACCGUCACUUUUGAACGGCAGACCCUUAUUUGUCGUUGGAGGUGGGGUUCGUCGCACCAUCAGCAAAAAGUCGACGUUACCUGUGGUCAUCGGAAGUCCUGUGAAAGGUGGGGCUCAGAUGAUGCACGAAGAUGACGAAGUACUGGUGGAAGAUGCGCCAAAAGAAGAUGGUGACAAUGGCGAAUCACAUCUGUCCGCAGCACCUCAGAACUCAUCCUCGCUUUCGUUGGAUGAGCUUUCCACUACCGCGGGUACCGAGAAAGGGAAAGGCAAGGAAAGAGACCAUGACAAGACUUCAAAGCACGCGAGGAGAGUGUCAAUGGCUUCUCAUGCUCUUUCGUUAUCGCUGAGUGCUCUGCCUCCUCCACAACCACUACCACAACGUGGUUUGAUGGGCCCUCCGCCAACACCACCGCAUGGCAUAAAGAGUCCACAGAGAAGCACAAGUAGUAGCUACCCAUCUACCUCAGCCGGAGGCAGUUCUCCUUCACAGCCAGCCCAUCCCACAGGCACACGGUCUAGUGCUCGAAUCGCCAAGAUCGCUCCUGCAGUGCAGAAGGCGAAAACGGAUGGAAUGAAGAAAGCUGUAUCAGAACCCACCCCGCCACCCAAUCCUAAUAUCGAGGCUCUGAAAGUCUUGAAAGAUUGUGUCAUAUUUGUAGAUGUCAAGACAGAUACUGGAGAUGAAGCAGGCUCACUGUUUGUUGAGAUGCUUGAAGGCGUCGGAGCAAGAGUUUUGACUAGGGUCGGACAGACUUGUACACAUAUAGUGUAUAAGAACGGCCUUAUGAGCACUUUGAGUCGAUACAAACUUCUUCGUGAUCCUAAGCCACUAGUCGUCGGAAUCGCUUGGGUUGUCGAAUGUGUUGAACAGCGAAAACACGUAGAUGAAACCGAUUUUUUGGUAGAUAUUGAGAGCACAAACAUUGCAGGCAUCCAUAAGCGACGUCGUUCUGUUCUUCCGAAGUUACUCUCUAGUGCAGAAUUUGAGACACCUUCGUCGGAGGCUGAUAAGGAAGAGGAUCCUGACCGAUCCAUGGAAGGAUCGACAUCAUCUCUCACAGCCGACGAUGAUCUAACACCAUUGGAAAGAGCGCGAAGGAGGAAGAGCCUCAUGAUCGGUCUUCACCCAUGA